AUUAUUGUUGAACAGUGUCUCACCGAGGGAACUGCUCUUUUAAAAGUUUCAUUAAAAAAGAAACAACAAAAAGUCUUCAGGAUUGAUGCUGAUCAAGUCAACAUUGAAAGUAUCAAGGAACUUCUAAUUGGUGAAACAAUAAGAAGUUAUAGGGAUCAUUUCAAUCUUGGUGUGGAUUUUGAACCUCGAUGGUUCACUAUCAUUUAUGUUGAUUUUGGAAAAUAUAAAACUCUUCACUUAGUCGCUCCGACUUUAGAAUUAUUUAAUUUAUGGGUUAAUAAUUUGGAAAAAUUAUAUUUGCACAGAAGGAAUAUUAUAGGAGGGUUAGGUCAUUUGAGAAAACGGCAGUAUUUAUUGCUGGAGCAACAAUGGAAGCAGGCUGAUAAAGAUGGCAAUUCACGAUUAGAUUUUGAUGACGUCACAAAUAUUGAUCAACAAAACCAAAUGGUUUCUAUUUUACGUAACACUCUGGGUGAAUAUCUCGUCACUAAUUCCUUAUCAGAAAACGAAACAGAAUUACCGAGUCCUGCAAGUUUGUUAUAUAAAAUAAUAUUAAAAGGGAAAAAACUUCCUGAAUCAUCAGAAAACAAUGUUGACUCAACCACUGAUACUGAAUCUGAUCCUGAAUCAAAUGUUGAAUCAUCUAAAGAAAAAGAAAAAAAGGCUAAAUUGAAAAUUGCACAAUCCCUUUCAGACUUAAUAAUCUACAGCGUUGCUGUUAAAUUUAAAGGAUUUGAUCAUCGCGGAAUGCAAAUCGAUCAUGCCAUGUUUGCUGUUAAUGGCAGAUGUGGUUAUGUACUCAAACCAGAGCGACUGCGCAAUCCCGAUAUCAUUUCUCCGGCUCCCCCAACUCAAACUUUGACAAUUGAAAUAAUUUCUGCACAACGGCUCCCUAAACUAGGAGAUGCCCUUCUAGACAAGGUAAUUGAUCCAUUUGUUGGAGUAGAAUUGCUCAUCCCUGGAAAUGAUGCUAUAAAAAAAGAGACUUGCACUAUUUCCGAUAACGGCUUUGACCCUACGUGGAAUGAAACUUUAAAAUUUACAUUUAAUUGUGAAGAAAUGAGGUAUCGUUAUGUCCCACUAAACGAUUUUAAUGGCGAGCAAUAUCUUUAUACUACUUUAUUUAUUCGUUCUUCUCUCGAAGUUACUCCCGCGUGA